AUGCCCACCACGAUUAGGAUGUCCCUGUACUACGAUGCCGCCACGGUCCUCACGAACGGCUCGCAAGAUGGCUCCUUCAAGUCAAGAAUUUACGGCAAUAAGCUGAACCUCAAGUCGAAGCCAGCCCACAUAUACGCUCUAAUAUCCGAAACCGCAAAGUUCAAUCACUUCGUCAAAGAGGUCAUUGACCAUGCAGACCUCUUAUCCGCAGAGCCCAAGUUGAACCCGAUACUGUCUCUUCUUCUUGUCCACGACCACUUUUUCUCAAAGGGCGGCAUCGCGGCCCCGGCGAAUCACCCUUUGCGACAAUCGAUAGAUAGGCACAAAGCGAGACUACAGGCGGAAUUCACUAAGGCGAGGCUAAGAAGAAAAUGCGCAACGACAGAUGCGCUGAAAGAACUUAUACUACUAGAAAAUCCUCGCACGACCCGAUCGCAGCCACGAUGGAUCAGAGUAAACACUCUGAAGUCAACCCUCGCCGAGCAACUGACUACGACGUUUAGAGGGUACCGAACUGAUGCACCCAUCCAUGAGAUUUCGCAGUCGCCAGCCAUGGCGAAAGUGCUGGCCAUUGAUCAGAACAUUCCAGAUGUGCUUGCCCUCCCACCAGAAUCCGACUUCACCAAAACACAAGCGUACAAGGACGGGAAAAUCAUACUACAGGACAAAGCGUCAUGUUUUCCUGCAUACCUACUCGCAGGAUCCCAGUCAGACCGAGCGACGAUAGGUGACUGCAUAGACGGAUGUGCCGCACCAGGAAACAAAACCUCUCACCUUGCAGCUCUUCUCACCGGGAACAACAACACCGGCACCGGCAUAGUGUAUGCCUGUGAACGCGAUCGCCACAGAUCUCAGAUUCUAACCACGAUGAUGAUCAAGAGCGGGGCAACCAGCAGCAGCACCGUGACUGUUCUCGCUGGACAGGAUUUUCUGAAACUAGAUCCUCAAGACCGUCGAUUUCAAAAUGUCACACAUGUCCUCCUCGACCCAUCCUGUUCUGGCAGUGGGAUCAUCGGACGGGAGGACACCCCGACCCUGGUACUUCCCGAGGACCCUCGAGCCUCCAAACGGAACACUGCGAGCACUUCCACGACGGGCAAAAACUCGAAGAAGCGGAAACGACAAAAUGCCGAACGGGAAGCUGACAAGAACUCCUCAACAGUAUUUCCAACUGAAACAACCCCAGGCGACGCCGAAGAGACUAAUGACGGCUCUGUCGACCAGUCGCGCCUUCAAAAGUUAUCUGCUCUACAGACGCGCAUCGUCCAACACGCCCUGUCCUUCCCCGCCGCAGUACGGGUGACGUAUUCCACGUGUUCUGUGCAUGUCGAGGAGAACGAAGCCGUCGUCUCCAGGAUAUUGGACUCCGACGUGGCCAGAACCCGGGGCUGGGAUGUCCUCAAAAGACAUGACCAAGUCUCUGGUCUUCGUUCCUGGAAACACCGAGGUCGACCAGACGUGAAGACGAGAUCUGACGUGGAGGAGAAGAGUGACGACGACGAUUCGCCGCCACAGCCGCCGGCUCCCUUGACGCCGGGCCAACUCGAAGCGUGUAUUCGAUGCCAUCCGGAUGAUGAGGAGGGUACCAUGGGGUUCUUUGUGUGUGGUUUCGUUCGUGACCCGAAUGGGGGUUCCAAGGAGGAGCAAGACCAAUCCAAAGAUAGCUCGUGGGUUACUAGAGAGACUUCAACAGAAGUAGGAGAACCAUGGGAAGGCUUUGGUGAUUGAAUCCACCACCCACCCACCCACACACACACACACAAACACGACUCGUUCUUGGCCCCGGGGUAUGAGUAUAAAUAACAUGCUCUAUCUUACAAGCUCUCCUAGGACUUCGAUGCACGCGCUCUUACCCCAAAGGUGGAGAAUAGUAAUAUUAUCAUGUACCCUUGAGGCACGUACAGAGUAUGUAUAUUAGGUACCCUUCUUCCAGUACUUGGGUACUCAAGUAUAUGUCGCCGAGUGACCGACCACAUACAAUUUCCGUAGCAAUACAAGAAGAUAUGAGAAGAGGUUUUGCAAACUCC